AUGUGCUGCCGCACACUGUCAGGUGCUGUCCCCACCUCCAGCACUGGUGCUGUCUGCUCGCUCUUGGGCGACGUGCCUGGUGAAAGGGGGGCAGGGGGGGGGGAGGGGAAAGUAUGUGUAAGGGGGGGGGGACGGAAGGCGGAGGAAGGAGAGGAUGAGGAGGGGGGGAAGGAGGAGGAGGAGGAGGAGGAGGAGGAGGAGGAGGAAGAGGAGGAGGAGGAGGAGGAGGAGGAGGAGGAGGAGGAGGAGGAGGAGGAGGAGGAGGAGGAGGAGGAGGAGGAGGAGGAGGAGGGAGGAGGAGGAGGUUGA